AAGAAACCCUCAGCUCAUGAGGAGCUUCUUUCAAAACAAACUAACAUUGACGUGAUAAAUUCUCUUUAAUACGUCACUGAACGUCAUUAAGUUUAAUAUUAAAUCAGAUAAAUGAUUUUCGUAAAUAUAAUGUUUUCUCAAAGUCCGCGUGUGAAAGUCGCGCGGUUGUUUAGAGCCGUUUUCUCCUCCUGUAGAUGUUUUCACGAAGAAACGGUGAGACGUGACGAUAGCAGCGGUUUACCUGUGAUUCAUCACAGACAUUAUGUGUGUGAUCUUCCACCGAAGCACAGGUUUCCAAUCGACAAGUUUCCACGAGUUUUACACUUUUUAAUCCAAGACCAAGUCAUUACACACAAACAGGUGUGGGUCCCUGAAAUAGCCUCCAAAGAUCUACUGAGCUGUGUGCACACUGAGGAAUAUCUGGACAACUUCAUACAUGGGAAAACCAGCGAGAAGGACCAAAGGAGGACGGGUUUCUCCUGGAGCGAAGGCCUCGUGAGACGCUGUCGAUAUGAAACGGGUGGGACAGUUCUGGCUGCUAACGUGGCUCUGCAGCGAGGUCUGACCUGCAGCACAGCAGGAGGAACUCACCACGCGUUUCCAAGCUACGGCUCAGGAUUCUGUCUCCUCAACGAUUUGGCGGUCGCAGCCAAAUCGGUCAUUAACAACUCCUCACCAAAGAGGAAGGUCCUGAUCGUGGAUCUGGACGUCCAUCAGGGCGACGGCACAGCUUUUAUAUUUAAAGACGAGCCGUGCGUGUUCACGUUCUCGGUGCAUUGUGGGAAAAACUUCCCCCUCCAUAAACAACAGAGUGACCUCGAUGUGAGCGUCGAGGACGGACUGGAAGACAAGGAGUACCUCUCCAUCGUUGAAGCUCAUCUCCCUUGGCUGUUGGACACGUUCCAUCCAGAUCUGGUACUGUACGAUGCAGGAGUCGACCCUCACCGAGACGACGAGCUCGGCAGGCUCCGUCUCACCGAUCAAGGCCUGCACGAGAGAGAUCUGUACGUGAUGAGGACGGCGGUGAGCAGAGGCGUCCCCGUCGCCGCCGUCAUCGGAGGAGGAUACUCGCAAGACAUCGACAAACUGGCGCUCAGACACUCCAUCGUCCACAGAGCAGCAACUCAGGUCUGGAGGGAGUGUGGACUCUAAAACUUUACGUCUCCUGACUCAAGAUGAUCCUUAAAGGGUAACUCCUAAUAUUUAGGAGCCAAUGCCAAUAUGUGUGUUUGGAAAAACGUCAAUUAUCUGGUACCUGGUGCUGAAUAUUCCUGGUUAGUGUUGUUUCAUAAUGUACAAAUGAUGUAUUUCUUACACUCAGGUUAUUGUAAUUUGGUAAAUAGUUACUGACAUAUUGUGCGUUGGAUGAUCACGCACCCAACUUUUGCAGUUUGUGACAAUGUCAGUCUCUCAGUACCGUGAUUCCCAAACGGUUGAACGGCCAGAUAUCUACCGCCAUGAAAUCAAAAAUAAAUCCAGGCGGAACUGAUUAUCAGUGUCAAGCUACCAAAUUCUAAUGGACCGUUAAUGUCGGGGAAGGUAGCACGAAAACACUCAUUAUGACACAUGAAAAAUAUUUAAUAAAGGAAAAACUCAUUUAAAAACAUUUAACAAAGUAAGACAUUCAGUUUGAUGAUGAUGUUCUUCACCGUUCCGUGGCGGGAAAGACACAGAUCAUCAAGUUUUUACCUCCAGUGUGUCCGUCAUUCACCGACAUCAAGCAGCGACGUGGAGACUUUGUGUUACAGUGCAAUCAAUUCAAUCACAGUUGGAGGAGGAGGAGGAGGAGGCAGUUGAUUUGUUGAAACACACCAGUGGCACAAUCUGCUUGUUACGAGACAACUACACGACGGUUACGGAUGUGAAAAACAACAGCGUUCUUUGAAGAAAACACACCGAGCUAAAGACACAAAUGGUUUUGGAAGAUAUUCUGCACAUAUUAGAGUUGUUUUUGUUUUGUUUUUCCUGUAUAAUAAUAGUGUUUAUGAUAUUCUAAGUGUAGGGGAUGAGCUGAUAUAAUACUUAGUAUGGAUAUCGGUCCAAAAAAAUGAGUGGCUCGGAUACCGGAGAGCGAAAAAAUGCAAAGUCAGAUACAACCCAAACGUCCUGUAAUAUCGCACACUUCACUAGACACACGGGCUAAAAUCAACAACAGCACUUUAGCUGAGUCACUGCUUAUUUCUUCAUCGGUUGGUGGUUAACGUAUAAAUGUGUUGUUUACGGCGUCGUGGUUCGAGUGACCCAAUCAUAUCUGUAUUCGACUCCAUCCCUGACACUUGGUGCCAGAUUGAAGUCAGAGUUGUACACACGUAAAAACAGGCAGUCAGAGUAAAAUCAGUGCAAUAAAAGGUCCAGUGUAAAGGAUUCAGUGGGAUCUAUCAGCGAAAAACGGAGCAUAAUUUAAAUGUAAUCAGCUAAAACUACAAAAGUGUUGCGUUCUCAUUCAUUUUCUUUUCUUUCUUGUGUGCGUGGUUCCAUGGCGGACAUGAUCAAAUUGCAAGUUUGAGUUUGUUUCUUAAACUGGACGUCCACUUUUACGUAAAGUCCCAUCGCGGAAACUGCUACAAUCUACAGUCUCACCACUAGAUGUCACUCAUUUUCACACACUGGGCUUUUAAAGUCAACCUCGACAAGGAAAUUGUCCACCACAUUUCUACAGCAGAUCGGGACAGAAACACUGACCCCCGAGAGGACGUUUCAUGUCCUUGCGUCACUUGAAGGCAACGACAUACGAGCACUGUUAGAUGUUACUGAAUCCUAUACACUGAAUUUUCUUCAAUAAAAUGAAUAAUAAGUAGAUUAAAGUGGUGGAGAACUUCUGGCCUUAAAAACAAACAAAACAAAAACCAACGUAUAAUCAUCCACAACUGUGUUUUUAUCGAAGGAAGUCAGGCAAACCAGCGUGUUUGCACAGAAGUGCUAAAAAAAUAGGCUAAAACAAGUUUAUUUUCCUGCUCGGGAAGAACUAAAAAAAACAUGUUUGCUGAUGUUGAUGUUUGAAUAUGCAAAACUCCCCGUGGCCAGUUUUGCCGAGAGGUUUCAGGACAAAAAAAAGUAGUACGAGAUCAUCGAGCAGCAGCAGCGUCAUGUGACUUCAGAUAUCAGGGAGGUCAGAGUGCACGGGAAUAAUUAUAAUAAUAAGAACAAUGACAGCGCUAUGGACCUUCAAGGGUGUUGUAAAAAAUUAAAGUGG